AUGGCUUUAUCUCAUGAGCUCCAGCUGCUGCUCAUUGCACUGCUCGCUUUGCCCACAUCUUUUGUAAUCGCCACCGAUCCCCCGCAACUCCAGGAUUUCUGUGUUGCAGACAUCAACUCCAACAUUAUUUUGAACGGGUUGGUGUGCAAAAACCCUAAGCUAGUGAGCGCGAAGGACUUCCUCUUCACAGGCUUGAACAAACCGGGCAACACGACGAACCAGCUGGGAUCAAAGGUGACGCCCGUCUCAGCAACGCAACUCCCGGGGUUAAACACUCUCGGCAUCUCCCUCGCCCGCAUAGACUUUGCUCCUUACGGCCUCAACCCUCCCCACACUCACCCGAGAGCCAGCGAGAUACUUGUGGUCAUAAAGGGCUCUCUCUUUGUUGGAUUCGUGACAUCCAAUCCGGACAAUAAGCUCUACACGGAGGUUCUGAAUGAGGGAGAUGUCUUUGUAUUUCCGCAAGGUCUCAUCCACUUUCAGCUCAAUAAUGGGAAUGGAGAUGCGGUGGCCAUUGCGGCGCUCAGCAGCCAGAAUCCGGGGGUGAUUACGAUCGCGAAUGCGGUGUUUGGAUCGAAGCCGCCUAUCUAUCGCUAUGUUUUGGAGAGGAGUUUCCAGCUUGAUGAGAAGACGGUGGAAAUACUGCAGGCCAAGUUCUGGAUGAACAAUAACUAGAGAUUCAACAUAUUACCUCUUUCUUGCUUGCUUG